AUUGGUAAAGGACCCGCACCAGCUUCGGGUGGUCAUUCUCACGGACAUGAUCACGGUGGACAUGGGCAUAGCCACGGAGGACAUGAUAGUGGGGGUGGUGACCAUCAUCACCACGCCCCCGCUGCUCCGAAGCGUGCUGCAAAGAAGCCCCCGCUAUCAAAGAAAGGUCCUACCGGCCCCAAAAGGGGAGAGCCCGGCAGCAAGGAGAAGCCGCACCGCGUCUCUACCUGCGGGAACAAAUGUCAAGGCAGGGAGAAGUCGAGCGUCAUAGGAGACGAGGACUACGAGGAUAUCCAGGAGAAGAUGGUCGCAGCCGGACGGCUGUUUAAAGAUCACGAUUUCGACGCAGUCGACUCGACACUGUUCUACAGCCAGAGUCCGCCUCGCCACAUCGAGUGGAAACGCCCUCAUGAGAUCUGCGCCAAUCCUAAGUUGUUUGUGGAGGGAGCCAGCCGCUUUGAUGUAAAGCAGGGAGAACUUGGCGACUGCUGGCUACUUGCGGCCAUUGCUUCUCUGACAUUAAACCAGAACCUGCUACAUCGUAUCGUGCCCGAUGGACAGAGCUUCAAGCCAGAGGAGUACUGCGGAGCCUUCCGUUUCAGGUUCUGGCAGUAUGGCUCCUGGGUGGAGAUCGUGGUGGAUGACCGUCUGCCAACGGCCAACGGACGACUUGUGUUCAUGCACUCUGCCGAUCAUAAUGAAUUCUGGACUGCUCUGCUAGAGAAGGCCUACGCUAAGCUUAACGGUUCCUAUGAAUCACUGAAAGGCGGCAGCACGUGUGAAGCUAUGGAAGAUUUCACGGGAGGUCUUACUGAGAUGUACGAGCUGGACAAGAGCCCACCGGCGAAUCUUUUCAGGAUCAUGAAGAAAGCUUUGGAGCGCGGUUCACUCAUGGGCUGCUCCAUUGAGGCUGAUCCGCGUGUGCUUGAGGCAGAGUUAGCUAACGGCCUGAUACGAGGACACGCGUACAGCAUAACAUCUUGUACUGAUGCCAAUAUUGAGACUCCUAGAAUGAAAGGCAAGAUGCAGUUGGUGAGAGUACGAAACCCGUGGGGCAACGAAGCCGAAUGGAAGGGGGCGUGGGGCGACCAGUCUCGUGAGUGGCAACUGCUGAAUGCAGAAGAAAAGCAGAGGAUCGGCCUUGUCUUCAGCGACGAUGGAGAAUUCUGGAUGUCCUGGAAGGAUUUCAUCGCUAACUUCCAAAAGUUGGAGAUCUGCAAUCUCAGCCCAGACGCGCUGGAAGACGAUCCGUCUGCGACGAAGAGAUGGGAGAUGAACGUUCACGAGGGAGCCUGGACCCGCGGGUGCACCGCCGGUGGCUGUAGGAACUACAUCGUUCGAGCCGAACGAGCUCGGCGAAUUCGUCGUGCGCAUCUUCUCCGAGCAGCCGAUCGACGACGAGGAGCUUGAUGAGGAGACUGGUAUCGAUGAAACCAUCCAGGCUAAGCAGGUGAGGGCCGUGCACGCUGCCGCGCCGGCGCAGGCGUCCGCUGCUUCCAGGGAGCCCGAGGCGAACGAGUUUUUCCGCAGGAUCGCCGGAGAUGACAUGGAGGUGGAUCAGCACGAGCUGCAGGCCGUGCUAAACCACGUGCUGAAGAAGGAGUUCAACUUUGAAGGAUUCAGUCUGGAGUGUUGCAGAAGCAUGGUUGCCAUGAUGGAUGAUGAUAGGUCUGGUAAGCUUGGUCUAGAUGAAUUCAGAGAGCUCUGGCAGAACAUAAGGUGGUGGAAGAACGUGUUCAGAGACUACGACAAAGACAAGUCAGGAAACUUGAACACUUUUGAACUGAGGCAGGCGCUCCACUCUGCUGGUUACCGCCUUAGCACAAUGGUUCUGAAAGUGUUGGUGCUUCGCUAUGGCAACAAGAGCAACUCGAUGAACUUUGAUGAGUUUGUCAUGUGUGCUGUCAAGCUGAAGAGCAUGAUUGAAAAGUUCCAGAAGCUGCAGAUGUCAGAGAUCGAUAUGAACGAUUGGGUGGAGCUGACCAUGUACACGUAAAUUAUGCGAGCAGUGUUGGCGUGGACAGGUCAUUAGCGGGACCCUGACUAUACGCAAAAAUCCACACAAAGUAUAAUGGCAAGGAACAACAUCAUCAGGUUCUAUGUAUGUGUUUUCUAAUAUUAAAUGUUAAAUAUGUAAUCAACGAAAGGGCCUUAGAACAGUGUCGUUCAUACGGACAUAAUAUGUCGGUAUUAUCGGCUACUUUUGUGUGCUUGUGCGAAUAAGAAUAAGUGCAUUAUAAUCGCGUACGUGCUUCCAUGACUCGCGUGUAGAUGGGGGUAGAAUACCUGUGUCUUGUAGCUAAAUUGCCUCGCUUAAUUAAGCAAGUGCAUUGAUUAGAACGUCGGGUUACUUCUAUGCUUAUACUAGUGCUUAUAGCUAGUAAAGUGUUUUAUAUGCUUCAUAUUCCACUGUUAGACGGUUCCCAAGCAUGCCACUAAACUGGCUAUACGUAUCUGUUCCUUUUCAGUUGUAACUCAAUGUUAUUUGUAUAGGUUUCCUUUUGCAAUUAUUUAUUUAUUAUACUGUUUGGGAUAUAGCGUUAGUAAGCAUAUGCUGAUUAAAAAUUAAAGGGAGAUCAUUCCUUAAAGUUUUACGUUAUAAUUGUCACGUUUUUUUUAAGGAUAAAAAUAGCUACAUCGAUUUAUUUGUGGCAUAGACCAUGUGGUUGAACACAUAGCAUUGCUUUAUUUGCAGUAUUGCUGAAAAAUACAUACUAUUAAAGUAAUUAGCAACAUUAUUAUUUUAAUAACUUGUACCUAUAACAUUAAGUCCUAAGUAUAGAGCAAAUGUUCCUAAGCCAAAUACCGCAUUAUGUGCCAUUACGGUUUAACGUAGCGUUGAAGAAAUAUGCAAAUUUCUAUAUAUAUCGCAGUGGGAACAGUAUAUAACAAGAACGUAUUACAAAUAAUUAUGUAGUUGUGUGAUGUGAUUUAAGGUCGAGUAUUAUAUGUCAAAUUUCUGUGUAUCAACAUAAAACAAAAAAAUUCACCACUAUUUUCCUAUUACUCAAAGCAUGCAUGAAUCCGUAUUUAUUGAAGUAUAUACCGCCUAUACCUUUUUACAAAUAAUUGGAAUGGAAAUUAAUAGACAAUAUAAAAAGAAUUAGAUAUUACCGAUCAAUUUAUUGUUACUUCGAUAUGAUAACCUUAGGAUAGAGGAUCGUAGACUAAUUCUGAUGACUGGAACCAAAACUGGAUAAAGUCCGUCCAUAUGAUUAUAACAUAAUUAUGUCGAAAAAUGAAACCAGAUUACUUUGAACAAACAUUUAAAGCUUUACUACUGUUGUUUUUCUGUGCUAAACAACGAUUGUGUACCUACAAUUAAUACUAAUACUGUAUGUAAUACAAUUUUCUGCGGUUAUUCAUGCAAUAAAAUUAUUAUAAUGCUAGUUAUUGUAGUUUAAGUAUUCGUUAUGUCUCUAUAGUGUGCAAACAAAUAGUGUUCAGUGCCUUCAUUUCCUAAAGUGAUGUUUGAUAAAGUAAUGUAUCAGUUGUCUCACACAGUGUUUACAUGUAGCGCAGCAUUAUGGUUAACGUAUUGAACUAUUUUGACACAAAACGUAGUCUUGUAAUAAUUAACUCUAUCAAAAUAAAAAUGUUUGGUACUGGAACAUUUAAA